AUAAUAAGGUUCGAUUAUUCAAUUUUGAAAACACUUGGCAGCGAACAGACCGACGGUCAGGGACGAGGAAUUUACGUUCUCUUUUUCAUUAAGGCUAGUUCAGUACAGUUUAAAGAUGUUCUUCGUAAAUAAGUAAGACUUCCCACAAUUCAACCUUGUUAAUGUUAUAAGUGUGAAAAUUUGUAUGUUCGUUACUCAUCGUUGGCAUGCAGAUGGUCCGGGGAACGAGCCACUGCACGAGUAUGCGAAAUUUUUCAAACUGUUUCAACAAAUUUUUUAUAUUUACAAUUAGCACAAAAAGGAAAAACCAUUGAACGGCGAGGCCAUUGUUUUCUUGAAUAUCGCAAUCGUUGUUUUGCACUGUUGUUACGAAACGAGGCCUUGUUAUAUGUCACGCGCGGUAGCUGAAAUAUGGUUAUUUUCAUACGUGUCUUAUCGCGCGAUGUGGCGGGGCACGCAUCGUGGUCUAAAAGCGUUUUGAAAAUUUAGCACUCAUUCGACUAGCAUGCAGUACAGGAAAAAAUCGCUCUUCCAAUGCUCGAAAUUUGUAUAUGUCAAAGAAACACCACAUUGUUUACACAAGCGUCCCUAAAUAGUUCGCACAGUUCUGUAUUCAUGGUCGGUAUCUCAUUCCUCCUGGCUAAAGCCUUUCAAAAUACCAUGCAAGCGAAGCCGCGGGUAAAAGCUAUAGUUCCAAAUGAAGAAGCAUAUCCUCAACGCGAUGCUUGCUGUUGAGAGUCUAAUUCGUCUUCGACGACGUUAAAACGCGUGCUAUCGGUAUUUUUUGCUUUGACGAAAUCGAUGUUAUUCUUUUCGAUAAUAUGAAAUUUACAAUCGAAUCGUAAUGCCUCUAAAUUAUCCUAUGACGAAAUUAUUGAAAAUAUUAUUUGAUUCAAUAGCGUAUAAGCAACAUCAUCCUUCGUCACUCGUCACUAUUUUAUUUUAUUUACUAUGACCGAAAAUCGUACGAGGCACGAACUACUUUAGACUGAAGCGCGUACUCUUUGUAUACCCACCGGUGCCCGUACGAUGAGAUUUCAGACGUAGACCGAACCGCGAGCACAGUAGUGCGGUGAGAACAGGAUGAGGAAUGAAAUUUAGCCGGGUUGAGACCGAAUUACCGGCUCAAGCGUCUCUUUGCGCAUUCUAACCGUACCGUUCACCAUCAAAAUCUAAAUACGUUGGUAUAUCGCUCUCAUGAUUUAGUUCAGAGCGUUGACGCCGCAAGCAUUAAAAAAAGGCAAGUCAAUACGUGUUAUGAUGCGCGCCGUAAGAACGACGAAGGCGGAACCGAGUUGUCGGUACGUUUCGAAGAAUACGAUACUCUGACAAGGAGCAUUCGUGUCCGAUAGCCCAAUGUAUGGGUUCCCACUCGCGCGCCCCGCCUCCCUAUUCGGGGCUGUUUGAUACAUAUUGUGGGAGAAUAAGCGAAGGGUGACAUUUCGAUGAGUAAGUGUGACGUUUUAGCGGUAAGCGCGUAAAUUCUGCGAAGCAAAAUCUGCAAGUCUCUAUAGUCUCUGGGUGCAGUAUUGACUAGUUUUAUUGGUUAGGUUACUUCGGUGUUUCCGAUUCGACGAUGUUUGUAUAGUAGCCGCCGCGACAAGAAGGAACGUAAUAAUUGAAAGAAUAUAACGACGCGGUCGAUUAUUUUAAUCGCGUGUGCAAUAUCGAGUCGUGUCUGCAUUGUCAAUAAAAUGACUGUCGAGUUAUCGAAUACCCCUUUCAAUCAAACGCAGGCCGUGGAGUUGGCGUUUUUAGAACGAUACAAAUUGACGCCUUACGUCGCGCACAAAUCGACAAGCAAUACGGUGAUACAUUCGGAAACGUUGGGCAGGCACUACGAGUGGCCCGAAAACGCGACAGUGCGCGACGAUGUUUUGCGCGUAUUUAAAGACUGCGGGCACACGUUGGCCAUCGAUUACACGAAAACUUACGUGCGUAAGUUCUCUCUGGAAAUUAAUUGCGCGUGUCAACGUAAUCCGAGUUCAAAGCACGCGAACGACGCGCUGGCAAAUAACAUUAAAAGUCGCGUCGAAGUAAUGCUGAAGAGAACGACCAAUAACGAGCCUCCGCAAUGCGCCAUGUGGAAAAAUAGCUGCAGCUAUCAUCUGUACAGUGACGUGUCAGUAUCGUUGCCUCUACACUUGUUAGUUGCAAAACACUUGAGUAUGAAUUUUCAGGAGCACAACUUGUUGAUCGAAGUGCCGCCAUGCAUGCCGCUACCGUACUCGGCGAAGGGAACGUCGCGUCCUUACCAACCGAUGAUCCUCGGCCAAGCAUCCGUAGAGCUCGUGGGACGGUACCCAUUUUUCGAGUGCAUAACGUUACAGCACGUCUCAUCGGAUUCGCUCGUGGCAACGAUAAUUGCCGAGCCGCGCCCGGUGUACGUGUGCACGACAAACAAUACGCGCCUCGUUUAUUCCAAGCCAAAAUUCCCCUCAAAUAUAAGCAGCGUAACACUCGGCAAAACGUUUUCUUACAUGAAUCAGUUGGAGGAAUUCAUAGUUCAAAGUAAUCGGCGCGUCGCGAAAACAUUGGCAGACGGUGGUGAUCCAACGGAGAUCGAGCUUCGCGACUUGGACUCGCGGAGUAAAGAAAAAUUUCGGGAGUUUAUCGUCAGCUUCAACAUCAGCCAUUUUAAUCGAAGCGAUUUGAGUUUGGCCAGCUUCGUGCGAGUUUCGGCGAGCGACAACGGCGGACUGUACCUCCAACCGUACACCGUCGCCAUGCACAAAUCCCUUGAGCCCAUAACCGUAGACGCGUUCAAAAGUGUAUUGAGAACAGUGUACAAAGAGGUCGCUAGUGUCGAUGAAACUGUGGCUAGAUUCAUCGACAUGUACGAAGUGCACACUUACAACAGUUACUUGGACACUGCGACCGAAAUGAUGGCGCACUUGAGUUACUUGUUCAUCAACAAUAUCAGCCCUUUCUUGACGAUUGAUGCGAGAAUCAACGAGGUUAUGAGCAACUCGCUGCACAUCGAAUCUCCGGAGCGUGCGUGUAAACGUCUCCAAGGUAAAAAACGCGAAGAGAAAAAGGAGGUGUACGAUCAGCUCGUUCGCGUUUACGUCGAUGUCAUGGCUCGACUGAAAAUUCUCAUGUACAACGAGUCCACGCUCACUUGGUACGUCGCCAAUGAUAACGGGUUCUACAAGAGUUGCAAAAGUCUGACGGACUCGAACCUUCCGUGCAUUGGCGAAUGGACCGGCUACGAUAAAUUGGCCCUCGAUAUGCUCGCUCAACACUUGUAUUCCCGAAAAAGUUUUUUCAAAACAACGGACCUGUGGCCCGUGUGCGAGUUCAUGUUUGCCACGAUGGUCGGUGUGUUCAACAGCGUAACCGGCCUGUACACGGCUAACACGGCCUUUCUGAGAUUCGUUAAAACCCGGAAAUACGCCAUUUGGGACAUAACGCGACCGCUCAAGUCGUACGAUAAACAGAAUCACGACAUUUUAAAGCUCAGUUACAGUGCUAGCCGUUACGUGAAUAUUCUGACGAAUCGAUUGACCGAAGUUUUCACGCACUUUCAACUGGCUCCUGCAGUUAUACAGCUGCGCGACGUAUACGACAUCGAAGAAUUCCGUUUGACCAAAUUUUUCGCACUCAUUCAAACCCACACCGAUCUACGGGGAGCCUAUUUUUUAGUCGAAUACUAUCCAAUCGAUCCGAAAUUCAUUUACAUAAUAAUGUACCUGUACGACACGAACGAGCUGGAAAGCUUGCUGUCGUAUGAAAAACUCGUGGAUCGAGUGUUUCGGUAUGAACAAGAACGCGUCGGUGAGAACGAGUGGAGAAAUAAAUUUGCCCAACAAAUGGCGACGCUCAAGUAUGACGAAGACGAGAAAAGUUACAUGGGAACGCUGUUGAGCAUGAACGGCGAACGAGUGAGGGACGUGUCAGCACAAUUCUGUUUUUACGCUGUGAUAAUUGCAGUUUGUAUGAUAAAGUGCAGGACUUUUGAGACUUUGGUACGGGCGUUCGGUGUAUCGCGUUUGCCACCGCCGAAAAGCGAGCACCCUCGUUACAGCGGUGUCAAGUUUGUGACUAAUCUCGCGUGUUUAAAAAAAAAUUUCGAACGGACACUCGACAUCGUGUUCGGUUCGAACUUGAAUUAUUUCGAGCGUUGUUUGACAGAAAUAAUCGUGAAACUCGGUAUGUCGACGGCGUUUGAUUCGGAAACGACGAUUGAGCUUGUGAAUAUGGUCUCUGCGAUAUUCGUUCCGAUCAACAAGAACAAAAAGCUCUUCAUAUUUUUCGGGAAAAAAGAUACGGGCAAGUCGCUCAUCUGCAACUGGAUUCAGGAGCUCAAUUCGCCGGACGUCGCCCGCCUGACGAGGCUCGAGGAAGCCGUUGAACGAGCCAACAUCACGAUGCGCCACAACGUCACGAUCAUCAACGAAGUCAACACUCUAGACUCGAGCCACAUAAAAUCCAUAACGGGCAACGACGCCGAAUCGAUGAAAAAAUUCUUCAGCCAAGAGUACGAAUUGCAGCGCUCCCAAUCACUCGUGUACGGGGCGACGAAUAACAUUAUAAAAUUCUAUUCACACAAGAGCCGUAACAUGGACACGGACAAGACGACCAUCGACCGAAUUCACGCGAUUGAACUCCGCGGCCAGCAAACCAGUGAAGCGGAAUAUUCUGCCGACAGCUUUUUCAUGAUGAUGACCGAAUCCAAGUUUUACGAAGGCAUCAUGAAUUGCAAGGAGUCACAUUCCGCUAACGCUCUUGCCUGGAUAACCUACGUCGCUUACUACCAUAACCGUGAUCAAAACUUCCGACCGGUCAUCAACGUGCACAACCGCAACGUCAAGGCAUACAAAGCCAAUGUGUACUUCAACAAUAACGAAUUGUACGCGUUUAUGGUGCGCUCGGGGCUGACCGAGGCCGAAGGUUUCACAAUGUGCAAAGAGGUUCUCAUCAAUACGGUGAAACGGAGUAUCGAAGACAAAAUUUCGAGCACCAUUACCAAAUUGAGCGACUUCAAAUUGAAAUUCUCUCAGCACUACAAUCUCGCAUUGGACGAGGUCUCGGUCGUCCAAAACAUCCAGUAUACCGCCCUCAUUCAACACAUACAGAACAACAUGAGCACAAUCCCUUCUCAAAACGGUAUCAUUACUCGCGAUGACAUCGACGCCCGUCUUAAAUUGUACAACACGGUGCUCGACCGAGAAAAUGCGAGCGUAUUUUUCAAGUUGAACAACAAAAUGUAUUACGAUCCUACGGACGGGGGGGGUGUCUAUCGAGGUGUCUGCUUUGCCAAAGAAGAUGUCGGCAGUUACGAAAUAAGGGACGAGACCGCCGGAUCAUCGAGGUGAAGGUGAAAUACUUGCCUCGAAUGGGGGAGGAUGCAGCGCGACGAGAAAUGACAAUCGGAAAUCGAAUUUCUCGAUUCCAUUUACUUUUUAUUAUCUUUUUAUUAAGUAAGGUUGUGACGCGUGAAUUAGCUCUUCAUUAUUGUCAUCGCUUUUCCGCGAUUCCGAUUGGUUCUUGAAACGCGAUCAUUAUUGUGGGAUUAUAAUAUAAAUUCAUUCGGAAAAAAAACAACGUUCAUUCGUCCUGUCAAAAUGACAGCUUGGAACUCGAACCAUAUUUUUGACAUUUUGUCGAUAUCCUUUUGCUCGACUCUCGAUUUCUCGAAAAUUCUUCGAAUUGGACAUUCUUUCAAUAGUUAUUAACGAGCUGAAUUAUUAAACGUAAAUGAAUCCAGGUAAAAAUAAAUAAAAUGUUACGCUUUGCAAGAA